CCCUCCUUCCCUUCCCACCCUCACUACAUUGGGGGCUCGGAUUCCUCCUUCUUUCUGAGGGAGCCGAUGCGAUGCCGCUUUACGAGGGCCUCGGGAGCGGCGGCGAGAAAACCGCGGUGGUGAUCGACCUGGGCGCGGCCUUCACCAAAUGUGGCUUUGCGGGAGAAACGGGACCAAGAUGCAUUAUUCCUAGUGAAAUAAAGAAACCUGGCAUUGCAAAGCCCAUCAAAGUUGUUCAAUGCAACAUUAAUACAGAAGAGUUGUAUUCAUAUCUGAAGGAGUUUAUCCACAUGCUUUAUUUCAGGCAUUUGCUGGUGAACCCCCGUGACCGUCGUGUUGUGAUUGUGGAAUCCGUGCUGUGCCCUUCCCAUUUUAGAGAGACACUCACAAAGGUUCUAUUCAAGUACUUUGAGGUCCCUUCGGUGCUUUUCGCUCCAAGCCACCUGAUGUCUCUCCUGACCCUUGGGAUUAACUCUGCUAUGGUCUUGGAUUGUGGCUAUACAGAAAGUCUGGUCCUACCUAUUUAUGAAGGAAUUCCAGUUCUCAACUGCUGGGGCGCCCUUCCAUUGGGAGGAAAAGCCAUUCACAAAGAGCUGGUGUACCAGCUGCUGGAGCAGAGCACUGUGGAUACAGGAACCACCAAAGGACAGAGCCUGCCCUCCGUGAUGGGUUCUGUUCCAGAAGACAUUGUAGAAGACAUAAAAGUCCGCACUUGUUUUGUGAGCGAUCUCCAGCGGGGGCUGAAAAUUCAGGCAGCGAAGUUCAAUAUGGACGGCACCGCCGAGCGUCCAGCUCCACCCCCAGAUGUAGAUUAUCCACUGGAUGGAGAGAAGAUUUUGCAUGUGAAUGGAGCAAUAAGAGAUUCUGUUGUCGAAAUACUCUUUGAGCAGGAUAACGAGGAGAAAUCAGUGGCUACUUUAAUACUGGACUCUCUUGUUGAGUGCCCGAUAGAUACCAGAAAGCAGUUGGCUGAGAAUUUGGUGGUGAUGGGCGGCACCGCCAUGUUGCCAGGAUUCCUGCACAGGUUAAUGGCGGAAAUAAGAUACCUGGUGGAGAAGCCGAAGUACAAGGAGACGCUGGCCUCCAAGACCUUCCGAGUGCACACGCCACCUGCCAAGCCUAACUGCGUGGCCUGGUUGGGAGGAGCCGUUUUUGGAGCCCUCCAGGACAUCCUUGGAAGUCGUUCGGUAUCGAAGGAAUACUACAGCCAGACUGGCCGCAUCCCUGACUGGUGUUGCCUCAGUAACCCUCCUUUGGAAAUGAUGUUUGAUGUAGGAAAAACGCCUCCGCCUCUGAUGAAAAGGGCCUUUUCCACCGAGAAAUAGGAGCCUGCCUGCGACAGGAGUUUGUUCACAUCUCCCCUUCCUUACUCCUUUUCCUGAUGUGUGGACUGUGAUGGAGCCAAAUUCAGAUUGUCAGGCAGACCCUCAAGAUUGAAUUCUGGCGCAACCUUUUGGCUGCUUUUAUUCCCUUGGGUCGGCUACAAGAUGAUACCCCAACGAUACACUUAUUUAUAUGUACAGGAAUUGCAAGAUGAGCGCCCAAUAAAACCUUUAUUAUUGUUUAAAGUAUUUAGAUAUAGUUUAAAAAACCUUGCUUGGAACCUAAAACCGCACAUGCAACUUUCUCUUCCUGAAUCAAUGUUACGUUUUAUGUCACAUUAGUCGUCGCUUAAAACAUUAAAAACAAAUCUCCAUAACCUUAA